AUGGUUUCCAUGAUGACAACUCUGUGGCAAGUAAUUAUUCCCAUGAUUGUCCUGUCCCACUUCUCAGCAUCUCUGCCAUCCUGGGAGAGGUGCAGGAUGGAGCGCCACGCAGACGGGCUCUUCCACAGCGAGCUCAGCAAGAUGAACGGCAACGCCUACGUGCAGCAGUUGGUCAAGCACCUGGUGGGCCUCAAGGACAGGUCCCUGAGGCACUCGGAUGGGCUGUUCACCAGUGAGUACAGCAAGAUGAGAGGCAACGCCCAGGUUCAGAAAUUCAUCCAAAACCUCAUGGGCCGCAAGCGCAGCUCUCCUGGCCCAGUCAACACAGACAUGCAGGGGAGAGAGGGAGUAAACAAACCUGAGGAACUUUGCUUUCUCUGGUUGUACCAGAGCUUUCUGAACACCAGCCGCUCGGACAGAGAUGCCAGGGAGGCUGCUGCCAUUACCAGCCAGUACAUUUGCCCCUUCUCUAAGCAACUGGUUGCAGACAUGAAGGAAGAUACAGAUGAUUCUGAAUGA